AUGACCGAUGUUGCUGAGAUCAAAGGUCAUCGGAGAACGUAUGUUGGUGCUAUGCCGGGAAAGAUGAUACAGUGUUUGAAGAAGGUCCAUACGGAAAAUCCCCUUGUGUUGAUUGACGAGGUAGAUAAGAUUGGCAGCGCUGGCUAUCAUGGUGAUCCCGCAAGCGCACUUCUUGAACUACUUGAUCCUGAACAGAAUGCUAACUUCAACGACCAUUUUCUCGACGUUCCCGUUGAUCUCUCUAGGGUAUUAUUUUUGUGCACUGCCAACACUGUAGACACGAUACCAGGACCACUCAAAGAUCGUAUGGAGUUGAUAGAUGUUAGUGGUUAUCUUGCCGAAGAAAAAAUCGAAAUUGCUCAACGAUACUUGAUCCCUCAGGCGCGCAAAGAAACGUCACUCACGGAAGAACAGUUGAUUGUCGAGAAUGAUGCUGUCGAAAGUAUAAUCAAACACUACUGCCGCGAAUCAGGAGUGCGAAAUCUCCAGAAGCAUAUAGACAAAAUUUUCCGCAAAGCUGCUUUGCAAAUCGCUGAUCAUCCGAAAGAGUCUAAGUCAGAAACCAUUGUCGUCAACAGCGAAAAUUUGGAAAAGUAUGUGGGAAGGCCAAAAUUCACCACUGAUCGAAUGUAUGAGACGACUCCACCUGGGGUGGUUAUGGGACUGGCAUGGACGUCCAUGGGAGGUUCUGCAUUGUAUAUCGAGACUGUUUUGAAAAGGCCCGUUGAUUAUGCUUCCGAUAAGGACGGGAGCUUGGAAACCACCGGCAAUCUGGGAGACGUGAUGAAGGUGCUCUUUUUGUUGACUGUACUUCACUCUAUUUAA